ACCGGAGGAUCUAUGGGACAUUUUCGCAAAAACCAUGGCAGCCAACAAAAAAGGCUUCCACGUCACACCUUCAAAACUCGACUUCAGCAACCAGUUUCUCCUCCAGCUCGCUACUCCCUCCCAGUGGACAGACUCUCUGCACAUGGCUGUCCUAAUGCACAUGCUAGACAUGCAUCACAAAGAUGUGCUACAGAUGGAGAAUGCGACGUUUAUGCCUCCCACCCUCACCUCAUUGAUGCAGUCCAAAGAUCGCCAAUUUCAAGCCGCACUUAAGAAAGACAAAAUCAGGUGGGAUCAGCGGAUAUCUAAACUCAUCCUCCUUCCUGGUAAAACCUGGAUGAAAGAAGUGGUGAAGGUAUACACUCCAAUGAUAUGGGCGGACAGACACUGGGUUGGGUUAGCGAUCGACCUCCGGGCUGGACAUGUCGACGUACUAGAUUCACUGCCCUCUCUAUACAACGAGGAACGUGUUCAACGAUUUCUCAGGCCCAUCCUCCAGAUGCUCCCCUAUCUCAUCCGCUACGUGGCCAAGAACAACUCCCGUGAUCUAUCUCCUUUUACAUGCCAGCGGAGAACGGGCACAUAUGAAAACUCAAGGUCUGGCGACUGCGGUCCUGUAUGCGCUAAGUUUAUGGAGCUACAUCUUUACGGUGACCCGUAUCCACACAUGAGCGGUCUCACAGAUGGCAUGGUUGACAAGUUCCGCCAACAAUACGCAAUGGAAGCGUAUAAAACCAUUGUCUUAUUGUCUUACCAGCUUACUACUAGUCUUCUCUCCCUAACUAUAGUUCUACGGAUUAACAAGGCACCUUUUCAUGUUUUUCUACUAAUGUGCCUUCCUAGUUAUCGGAGAACUUAUGUAUUUUGUAUUGUUUUUCAAUCCGGCUAG